AUGUCUAAAUUUCAGAUUUUGCAACAAAAAACCUCUGUUUUAACUAUUUUCGUAUUAAUCAUCCAAAUUAUCUGCAAUGUUCCUAGUUUUUUUCUGAAAUGGAAGCAACAUGAAGCUAGCAAAAUAUGACAUUUAUUGAGCAGCAUUUUUGGGCACGUUUGAGGGCUAUGUUUAUUAUUUCUUAUGUAUUUAUAUAGCACAGAUCGCGAAAGUGUUGCAAAAUCAAAGUAUGACGUGUCCGCAGCGUUUAACGAAAUAUCAGAUCAAUGUUUCAUGGUAUACAAAAUUAUGACGAUAAUAUUAAGUAGGUUAAAACACAAAUUUGUCUAAAAUAAUGUCUCACUAGACGAGUUGCCAAUUUAAGCUGUCCCAACUUUUUGUUCCACCGUGUCCUAAAAUUUUAUGAAUAUAUGUAUCUGGCAUAUAAUUUUUACAUAAUCCCUAUAGUUAUGUACAUUCAAAUGAAAAUCGUUCAAAACGAAUUUCGAGAAAAGAAAAUGUAUCGGUUUCGCAUCGCAUGAAAAAUGUCAUUCGCGCAUCAAAUCGUUUCCUGUUGUUGUAUAGAGUGCGAAGUUUCCACAAAUUCUAGCGUCGAUAGUUCCAAAGUGCUCAAAUACUUCCUACCGACAGAGGUUGCGCUGCACAAUACGUCGGUCGAUUGUUGGGUCUCGUACAACGACGAGGUGUACGAUUUGACUGAUCUCUGUAAACUUUGGGCCAAUCAAAGAGAAAUAAAACCUAUAUUAGCCUACGCUGGCAAAGAUAUCAGUCACUGGUUUGAUCAUGAGAAAAAUGAUAUUAAAUAUCAUAUACAUCCGGUUACGGGAGUGUCGGUACCUUAUUGUCCACACGGACCGAUACCGGAUGUAGCUUCUUGCGUAGUACCUGCCGUUACUUGGCGGCCACUAGACAAAUGCCCUUGGUGGUUAGAUACAAAGUACAAGAAAGGAUUCUUAACCAAAAACGCGAGACCCUGUCGAAUCUUAAACGUGCUCACCGGUAUACAAGUUGUUAUAAUGGUUUGCGAAGAAGACACCAUUAGACGCAUUCAGCAACGUGCACUCAUUUACAAUGAAAACGCAACGUCUUACUCGUGGAAAUUCGAAGGGAAGGAUAUAGAUCUUGACCUGACUCUCACAGAAAAUGGUAUUCCAGAUGAACGGAACCGUUUUGCAGCUUGUGGACUUACCGAAGAUUAUUACAUUCCAUGUCUGAUGUGUUAUUACAAUUACGAAUGACUUGUGAUAUUAAUAAUUCAAUUGACGGGGAAGACAAUACAAGAUUUAAAAAAACAAUAUAAACUUAAUUAAUGCGUUCAAUCACAUUCAGUUAUGCACUUGUAUACAUAUAUACAACGAGACAAGUUUCCUACGAUAUCAUCGUUCAAGAUUUGGGCCGACUACAAAAGAUGGCACCACGGCUACUCGCUUCAGCGCGUCUCAGACUCGUAGAAACGAAGAUUACACAUAUCUUGUUCGUUCAAUAUGUUCUUAUAGUAUGUAACUUGUUGUCAAAAUUCACGAUCGCAAUUUAAGCAUGGGCUUAAAUUAAUGUUACUUCUGUACUCUAUUUUGCGAUAGUAAGAAAGAACCGUGACAAUAUGUUUGUAUCUUCGAUUCGUAUCUCAAAAGUUAGACACAAGAUUUUGCAAAUUAAUAGAAUGGUUCAGAGUAUUUCUGAAAUAUAUUUUGUGCGAUCGAAUCGUUUCUCUUCAAAAUCCAUGAAAGUGGCAGUGCUAGGAGCUGCCUGUAAUACGGGUAAACAAUUUAAGCUACGGUUUCGACGUGAUUAUGUUCCCCCUAUUAACUGCGUUGCUUUGUCGCAGGAAAUUGUCUUUCGUUAUUCCUGAAACAAUCAUCUUUGAUCGAUGAAUUGGCAAUUUACGAUAGCAAAUGUACUCGUGGUCUCUCAUUGGAC